UUGUGGUUUGGGUUUCAGUUUCAGUUUCAUUUGAACUUUACGUCUCAUCAGCACAUAUCUUUUUGGUGAACGACUUAUAAGUCUGGGACAGGCAGUGAUUAGCAUUUAGUUGGUUUCUGUUUGCCAAGCGCCUUGGUACUAUCUCUGGUACCUUUACAUCACUUUUCCAACAAGUUGAUAUUGAGUUAUUGUUGUCGGAAAUGCGCGCGUUUGUUAUCACGUGCCUGUUUGGCCUGGCGUUGGCGGCGCCACAAGGAUACAAUUAUCAGUCGGGCAACCUGCAGCUUCCUGGCAUUCCAAUUGCCCAGCAGGCUGCCAGCAUUGAUGAGCAGCGUCUGGUGCAACAAGCGUUGCAGGCACCCAAUGUGCAACAGAUCCUAUCCACAGGUGUGGCAUCACAGCAGACACAGACCAUCUAUCAGCAGCCACAGCAGCAUAUCUUCCAGCAACAUCAACAGCUACUGCCCUCCAAUUUUGGUUUGAACUUGCUGCCUCAACAGCAGCAACAAUACCAAUCGUAUAAUCCCACUGCCUCGCACGUCUCAAAGGAUAUCUAUGUGCAUGUGCCGCCCACAGAGGAUUCAGAGGAGCGUUACCCACAGCCUCCACUGCCCGCUUUGCCUCCGCGCAAACAUUAUCGCAUUGUGUUCAUCAAGGCGCCCACGCCCAGUGUCAACAAGGCCGCACUGCGUGUCCAGCAGGCGCCCGUGGAGGAGAAGACCAUCAUUUAUGUGUUGACCAAGAAGCCAGAUCCUCUAGAUCUGCAAACCGCCAUCGAGGAGGCGGCGCCCAAGCAGAUCAGCAAGCCCGAAGUCUUCUUCAUCAAGUACAAAACGCAGGAGGAAGCAGCGCAUGCGCAACGCACCAUACAAGCUCAAUAUGAUCAACUUGGCGGCACCACACAGGUCUCCGAUGAGGGUGUCGCUCCAGUCACCUCCGUGAUCGGUGCCCUGGAUAACCAACGUGCCAAUGGAGCUGUUUCCCCUGGCAAUGCCAAUGCCUUUGCCAAUUCUAAUGCUGCCAUUGAUGGACUCACGGGUGCCAUACCAACUAAAUAUCUGCCCGCCCAUCUGCGUGCGUAAGAAUAUUUCACAUGUAACCAUAAUGUGAUGACUGAAAUUCCAAGUACCUAGGCAUAAGUAUAACAAUUAUGUAAAUACAAAAAAGUAGAUAAAUAAACGAGUUGUUUCCCA